AAGAUGUUCAAGGAGAUGCACCAAAGAGAAAGAAAAACAGGGCAAAUAUUAGAGAAGUAAAAAAAGGAGCCUUGUCCUUAGAAAUUAUUGUGAUUAACACUUUUCUCUUUCCCAACAACGCUUUUAUAGAACAAUGAAUCGUGUUUCUUUAACCUUGUUCACAUGUUUUCUCAUUAUCUUACUCAAAGUUAAAACAGACACUGAGGUUGAUGUAACGAUACUCGAAAGUGCUACAGCAAUUGGAGCAGUUUGUUUAGACGGUAGUCCGCCAAGCUACGCUAUGGAUCAGGGCUCUGGCUCUGGAAGCAGUAGUUGGGUGAUUUUUAUCGAGGGAGGCGGAUGGUGUUCGGUUAUAGCUGAUUGUGUUACGAGAGCUGGAACUUUUCAAGGAAGCAGCCUGUACAGAAAUAAGUUCCGAUUUACAGGAAUACUUGACGUCAACUCAGAAGUCAAUCCGGAUUUUUACAAUUGGAAUCGGGUUGCUCUUCUGUACUGCGACGGAUCUUCUUUCUUUGGAGAUGUUGAGUAUGUUGAUCCUCAAAACAAACUUUACUUUCGGGGCUCCAGAAUUUUCAAAGCUAUAAUCCAAGAGCUGGUCGCGAAAGGGAUGAAUUUUGCGGAUAAUAUUAUAUUUUCUGGGGGCUCAGCUGGUGGCUUAGCAACAAUUCUCAACUGCGAUACCCUCCGUUUUCUUGCACCCGAUGCAAAAAAAAUUAAAUGUGUAUCAGACUCUGGUUUCUUCUUGCAAGCUCCAAAUCUACCAGGGGCGACGCAAAGAGAAACUUAUUUCGGGCAUAUCGUUCAGCUACAUUGCCUUUUUCCUGAAAAUAUUGUUGAAGAUAUUCAAACGCCUCUGUUUCUCAUUGAGUCGUCAUUUGAUGCAUUCCAAGUAGAAAGCCAAUAUACACCAUAUGUUGGUGGUGGGAGAACAGAAUGGUACGAUUGUGUGAAUGUGAGUCUAUCGUUAUGCAACUCGACUCAGCUGGAGAAAUUGCAGGAAUUUCACACGACAUUCAUACAAACACUCCAAAAUUUGGUGUAUUCGCACUCCAGAGGAAUGUUUGUCCAUAACUGCUAUCGACAUGGCCAAAUCCUCGCAAACGAUGGCUGGAAGUUUUCCGACACCUUGGAAAAUAAAACAAUUGCAGAUGCAAUGAGGGACUGGUACUUUGAUGAUGCAGAUGCUUUUGUUUACAUAGAUACAACUAAUUCUCCAAGGAAUUGUACUCUUUGACUCUUUGUUUACAUAGUAAUAUAACUGAAGACCAACAGUUGUUGAAUAAUAGAGCCAUCAAUUAUUUGGAAAAUUUUCCCUCAAAUUCGAACAAGCAGUUUUACUAUGGGUAUGUAAUUAUUAAAUAUAUUUUAAUUUUUUAUCUAAGAAUUUG